AUGCAUAACUCGAUAUUCAACAGCAUUCUGGCAAAUGAUACAUUAAGAAACCAAGAAAAAGCUGGGAACUCACGACAGGAUUUAAAUCACAUACAAGUUUUUAACAUGGAUGCCUCCCCGAUUACACCAAGCGCAGAUGAUUACGGGAUGUAUACUACUGAGAUUUCACAUCAUAACACGAUAGAAUUAAAAAAUCUACUAUCAUCAUCAGACUCUAGAAGGAAUUCUCAAGACGAAGAUAGGCUAUCCGGUAAUACAAACGUAGUCAAAGAAGUCGACUGGCAAGGCGAGAAAGUUAAAACAUAUCCGCUAAAUUAUCAAACUGUACCAUUAGUGAAGCUGCAGGUGAUAGCAUGCUUGGUUAUGUUCGUAGUUUUUGGCAUGAAUGAUCAAACAGUAGGUGCACUACUUCCUACACUGAUCGAGUACUAUCAUAUAUCGCGGGUGGACGUUUCAAACGUGUUUAUAGUUCAACUCUGUGGCUAUGUAGUGGCGUCUUUAUCAAACGAAAGAUUGAAUAAGCACUUUGGUAUGAGAGGGGGUAUGCUUCUAGCAGCCGCUUUGUGUAUAGUAUUCCUUAUUGUUUUGGCAACUGCUCCCUCCAAUUUCUACGUCUGUAUGUUUUGUGGCCUUCCUCUUGGCUUAGGUAUCGGCAUUUUAGAUUCUACUGGUAAUGUUUUAAUGGGUAGUCUUUUAGUUCAUAAGAAUGAACUCAUGGGUAUCAUGCAUGGUCUUUAUGGGGCAGCAGCUAUGGUUACUCCGCCCUUGGUUUCAUAUUUUGUUGAAUGGGGUCACUGGUCUCUCUUUUUUCUUAUUCCUCUGUUCUUUUCUAUAAUAGGCAUGAUUAUAAUCUUUCCAGCCUUUAAAUUUGAAACUGCCAGUAAAUACGACUAUCUCUGUUCUAUGGAAAACAAAGAAAAUAACAAUGAUGUAGAAGGAGGAGGUGAUGAGUCUCAGAUGGAAUCUACCAAGACAAGCCCAGGAUUUUUUGAACUUUUAAAAAAUCCCGCUAUUUUCUUGUACUCAUUAUAUUUGUUUCUUUACUUAGGUGCUGAAAUCACGACUGGUUCAUGGUUCUUCAGUUAUUUAUUAGAAACUAAAUCAAGUAAUAAGGUCGCUAUGUCUUACAUAGCAGCAUCAUUUUGGACAGGUUUAACUGUAGGAAGGUUAUUCCUAGGAUUUGUUACUGAGAGAUUCUUCGAGAACGAAUAUAAAGCAAGCAAAGCGUAUGCUUUUCUUACCCUAACGUCAUACACAUUGUUUGUGCUUGUUGGGCUGAUCAAUUCGAGCUCAGUUUUCUAUUUCAUCGUGUUAUUCUUUGUUGUUUUCUGUUGUGGUACGUUUAUCGGACCAUUGUUUCCAAAUGCAAGUAUAGUUGCCUUACAAGUGCUGCCAAAGAGAUUACAUGUGAGCGGAGUUGGUGUUGCCGUUGCAGUUGGUGGUUGUGGUGGCGCAGCCAUUCCAUAUUUGGCUGGGGUCCUUGCACAUACAGUGGGUAUCCAGUAUAUUCCACUACUAUGUUGGAUUAUGGUUGCAUUAUUUACAUUGGAAUGGACAUUGUAUCCUAAAUUCAUUAGAGGUCAUGAAGAAUAUUUUUAG